AUGCCAGUCUUAAAGCCCCUUUCGGGCAACCCCGACGCCCCUCAACAGUACAAGCAACCCUCCAGGAAAGGCAAGAAGGCGUGGCGCAAAAAUGUCGACAUUUCCGAGGUUCAACAGGGUCUCGAGGAGCUCACCGGCCAGAUCAUCAAGGGGGGAGUCAUCGCCGAGAAAGACUCCGCGGAGCUCUUUACCAUUGAUGUGGAGGGCGAUGCGGAACUCCCGAAACGGUUUUCCAAGCACGUCAAGAAGGGGUUAAAAGCCGACGAAAUCAUUGCUCAGCGGUCGGCGGUAGCGGCGGUGCCAAUGCGCAAAAGAGCUGGCGACAAGACCACCGACGGCAUUCUCCCCGUUAAGAGGCAACGGACCACCUAUAUCACACACAAGGAGCUCACGAGGAUAAAGAAGGUCGCCGACGGGCACCACGAGUCCACAGUCGCGGUUGUGGACGCCGACUACAACUCCGCCUUCAGCGACUACCAGGAGCGGCUGAUCGAGGAGAGCGAGAAGGCAGUAGAGGCAGAGCGGAAACGGCUUGAGGCGGUCGAGGCCGAGCGCAUCAAAAUGGAGGCGGCCGCACGGUCAGCAGCUGAGGCGGAGGCGGCCGAGGCGCGGGCCGAUCUUUCGGAGUGGGAGGAUGACUCGGCUUGGGAAGGGUUCGAGAGUGCGGGCGAAGAGAUGAGCGUCAAGACGAAGCGGCCACGGCGCAAGACGCAGGCCGAGAGGAACAAGAUCAAGCGUCGCAAGGAGGAGGAGCGGAAAGCGAAACACGAGGCGGCCAUGAAGCGCAGGAGGGCUCAGGAAGAGCGCAUCAAGCAGAUUGCGCUCGAGGUGGCUGAGAAGGAGCGUCAGAUGGAGCUGGAGAAGGUCGAGAUGAGCGAUGGCAGCGACGAUGACGGCAACGAGAUCGAGCUGCGGCGGAGGCAACUGGGCAAGCUCAAGCUCCCGGAGAAGGAUUUGGAGUUGGUGCUGCCGGACGAGUUGCAAGAUUCCCUGCGGCUACUCAAGCCCGAGGGCAACCUGCUGAAAGACCGGUACCGCAGCAUGCUAGUCCGGGGAAAGAUGGAGGCGCGGAGGAAGAUUCCGUUCAAGAAGCAGGCGAGGUCCAAGAUCACCGAGAAGUGGACAUACAAGGACUUCUCAUUGUGA